AUGAACCUACGAGAUGCAGAAAGUGGGAAAGUUUUAUGGCAAAGCCAUGAGGAUCUUGCUGUACCCGGAAAAGAGCAUGAAGCUCAUGUCCCUAAAAGUAUCCUGAAAUGCCGGACGGUGUCGCGUGAAAUAAAUUUUACUUCUGCUGAAAAAAUCGACAAAUUCCGCCUGGAACAACGAGUCCUUCUCAAAGGCAGUGUUAUUGAAGGUAUUUUUUUUCUUUUGCAUUACAACAAAAUACAGUUCCAAAUUAGCAAUUAA